AAGUCUAUCGGUUUGCGAAAGUGGCCAUGCAACCAGUAGUAUUGAUUUACGCCUGUUGGUCGUGAGAUAAAACACGAAUCGGUACAAUCCGGUGUCCACGUCAUGAACCACCGGAACCGGCCGUCAGGAGGGCACUGAUCGGCAAUCGAUGCACUUGCACUUGCUGGCAGCAGUAUUUAGAAGUACCUGAACGUAAUCCUUACGCGACUCGAGUUCAUUUCCUCGACGUUGAUCACACGACAACACACGGACAGGGCUGUUAAGUUUCCCUUGAAUCCAGUUUCCAUUGAACUUCGGACACGCACACGCCUACUCAGCACCUCAAAAUGCCCCGCUGCUUGAUGGCGAAAAAAUGGAAAGCCUAUCCGUGGCCCGACCGAGCGGAAGAACAGCCGACCGCAGAACAGCAAGAAUUGGACUCGACAACCUCCACGACCACCGGCACUAGCAGUCCACUACACGCGGCACCACCAUCUUCACCAACCACGGUGGAACGCACCGGGAGUAGUAGUAGUAGUAGUAGUAGUAGUGGUAGCAACAACGAUACAACCAGCACACCCAGCACGGCCGCGACGGUUGCGCCUGAAUGUAGUCAACCGCAGGGCACGCUCCAAAGCUCGGCCGAGCUCGUGGAGGAGGAUGAAGAAAUUGACGUUGUGGGUGAUUCGCCGGCGGCGGCAACGGCCACCGCGGCCAGCAGCAAGUCCACCGGCAGCACGGUAGCCACCUGUUGGGGUCCAUCCUCGCCGACUGCCGGUGCAACGGCACCGAGUCCACCGCCCCACUCACCGGAAGCGGCCACGCGCGAGUCAACCAUCCUGUACAAUGGCUAUGGGCAGGACAUUUCCCAUCACUUUACCGCCUACCUGCCGAAGCUGGAUCCUGAGUCGUCCAGCUAUCAACAACAGCAACAGCAACAGCAGCAACAGUCUUCAUCCCAGCAACAGUUCAUCGCCCUCGCACCCUUGUGUGCAACGCCCUCAACCACCUCAGCAUCGCCGAGUGCGGCCAGUGCCGGAGCCGAAAGUCCGCAGCGGUCCCCCUCCCAGAAGAAGUCGCUCGCCAUGUGUUUCACCAGCACCGGUACCGCGCUGUCGCUGCCCCCGAAGAAGAAGGACAUCUACCGGCCGUACUCGUUGGACGAUAGGCCGCCCCGGCCCAGCUACGAGCUGAGAAUACCGGCCGAGGAAGAUCUGCACGCCGCCCAUGCCAUCCUGGACCUGAGUGCCUCGACGGCGUUUCUACCUCCGCCGGCACCACAUCAACUUCUCGCCACCCAGCAGCCCGCACAGCAUGCCACCACCCCCACAGUGGUGCUAGUGCCCGCAAAAUCUUCCACCAACGAUCCCGACCGGCGACCGUUGCAGACGCACCAGCAUCACCCGGCCACUUCCCCACUUCCUCCCCUGCAGUCACCACCAACAGUGCCGCAUGCACUGAGCUCGCCGGAGCAGAAUGAGAACCGCAACAGCACGAACACGCUGCCCGGGUACGCGGCGCACGACGUCAGCCUGGAUUCCUCCUCCGACGAGAUGCAACAGUCGACGGAAUCGUCCGACUCGGAGGGUAAGAAUGGGUCGAAAACGGUGGCCUACACGUACGAAGCGUUCUUCGUCAGCGAUGGCCGAUCGAAGAAAAAGAUGGCCGACCCGAAGACGGCGCUCGAGAACAAGGCGAAGUACACGUGCACGGAGUGUGGCAAGCAGUACGCCACCUCGAGCAAUCUGUCGCGCCACAAGCAAACGCACCGAAGUCUCGACUCGCAGUCGGCCAAGAAGUGUCACACCUGCGGCAAGGCGUACGUCUCCAUGCCGGCGCUGGCGAUGCACGUACUGACGCACAAGCUGUCGCACAGCUGCGGCGUCUGCGGGAAGCUGUUCUCGCGGCCCUGGCUGCUGCAGGGUCAUCUGCGAUCGCACACGGGCGAGAAGCCGUACGGGUGUGCGCACUGCGGCAAGGCGUUCGCCGACCGGUCGAACCUGCGGGCGCACAUGCAGACACACUCGAUCGACAAGAACUACCAGUGUGGUCGAUGCCACAAAACGUUCGCGCUCAAAUCGUACCUCAACAAGCAUCUGGAGUCGGCCUGCUUCAAGGAGGAUGGUGCACCACAAUCGCCGCUGAUGUCACCGAUGUCCCCCAGUUCGCUCGACGGUUCCUCGAUGGAUGAGCUGCAUUCGGCACCGCUCUCCGACCGGCGCCCACCGAUGGCGCUCAAGCGCGAGCGGAACGUCGACAUCGAGGGGGACGAGUCGGACGAUGCGAUGCCCUGCCCGUCCCCGAUGUCCCCGGUACCUCAUCUCACCAUCAGCCCCAGCACCGGCACGAACGGUACGAGCAGUAUCUUUGUGAUGAAAAACCUGGCCGCCGGCCGGUUGGCACUGUCGGCCGGGUCCGGUACGGUGACGAACGGCAGUACGUCCCCGAGCGCCGGGCUGGCCAAUGGGGCAGCAGCAGCCGCGGCAGCAGCGGCAGCGGCCGCAGUGCUCGGUCCGGCCGCGAUUCUGACGACGGCGACGAACCACCAGCAUCAUCACCACGGUCACCAUCACCAGCAUCACCAGCAUCACCUUCACCAGCAUCCGGCAUCGGCGGCAGCCGCAGCAGCAGCCGCAGCGGCGGCCGCAGCCGUACAGAUAAACGUCAACUUUGCCGGGUAACCGGUUACGAUCGUGUGCGGACAGCAAUCUGCAUGAAACGAUCGCCUGCUGUGAAGAAGCCAUGAACGGCUGCCGGUUGCAUACAUCCAGGCGCUAGUGGAGACAACAAGAACAAAAUGGAAAUGGCGGUUCGUAAGUAGUCAUUUAAGCAAUUAUUAUUGUUUCCCUCUUCAAAUAACCUUUCGCCGAACGUUACUCUUACAAGUGCAACAGAAACAAAAAAAAGUAACUGCUUUAGAAACGAAAAAAAAAAACCGAAGAAACCAAAACAUACACACACACAUACAGAACGUAGAACAAACUAAACUAGCGAAACCUCUACGAACACACAUCACUAUGCACCAAUUAGCGCGAUAGUGAGCAGGAUAACGCCCGUCUUGAAAUCUCCCCCUGCGAAAUAGUGCGAAUCCCCGAAACACCUAAGAAAGCUACGAACAAACCCCCUUCUACUAGUCACUGCAAGCCCCAUUAGUCAUGCAUAGCAACAGUUUUAACAGGUGAACCUCUCUCUUUGAACAAACAAAACAAAAAAAAACAAACAAAAAAAAACAAGCGCCGAUUUAACGAAAUUGCAAGAUUGAUUAACUGAGCAGGCUGGAGCUGGAUUCGAUACCUAAUGAAACCUUUAUAUACACAAAGUAUAUAUAUACAUAUAUUAUAUUUACACCCUUAUACAUCUAUAAAAGAGCAGGUGAGAAGCAAAGGAAGUGAAACAAAAAAAAAACGUAACAAAACAAGCAAGAGCGAGAGGAAAAGUAAAACCCCC